AUGAUCGCUAUAUUAUUUCUAUUUUCCGCGAAAUCUAAUUUUCUUUUUUCAUAUUCGAGGGUAGGUGGGAAUUUGGAAAAUACCAAAAAGUUGAAACCUAACGACAAAGAAGUGGAGGAUAAAGCCAUAGAAGGACAGGCCUGUGUAAAUCUCGGCAUUGCCUACCAGAGGUUAGGCAAUUCUCAUAAGGCAAUCGAGUACCAUGAGCGUGACCUACAAAUUGCAAAAGAGUUGGGGGAUAAAGCUGGAGAAGGAGUGGCUUAUGGAAAUCUUGGCAUUGCCUACCAGAGGUUAGGCAAUUUUCAUAAGGCAAUCGAGUACCAUGAGCGUGACCUACAAAUUGCAAAAGAGGUGGGAGAUAAAGGUGGAGAAGGAGAUGCUUAUGGAAAUCUUGGCAUUGCCUAUAAUAGCUUAGGUGAUUUUCAUAAGGCAAUCGAGUACCAUGAACGUGACCUACAAAUUGCAAAGGAUGUGGGGAAUAAGGCUGGAGAAGGAGGGGCUUAUGGAAAUCUCGGCAUUGCCUACCGGGAGUUAGGCAAUUUUCAUGAGGCAAUCAAGUACCAUGAGCGUCACCUACAAGUUGCAAAAGAAGUGGGGGAUAAGGCUCUAGAAGGAAAGGCUUUUGGAAAUCUUGGCAAUGCCUAUCAGAGCUUAGGCGAUUUUCAAAAGGCAAUCGAGUACUAUGAGCGUGACCUACAGAUUGCAAAAGAUGUAGGGGAUAAAGCUGGAGAAGGAGGGGCCUAUGGGAAUCUCGGCGAUGUCUAUCAGAACUUGGGAGAUUUUCAUAAGGCAAUCAAGUACCAUGAGCGCGACCUACAAAUUGCAAAAGAGGUAGGGGAUAAAGCUGAAGAAGGAAAGGCGUAUGGAAGUCUUGGUAAUGCCUAUCGGAGCUUAGGUGAUUUUCAUAAGGCAAUGGAGUACCAUGAGCGUGACCUACAAAUUGCAAAAGAAGUAGGGGAUAAAGCUGGAGAAGGACGGGCGUAUGGAAGUCUUGGCGAUGUCUAUCAGGGGUUAGGCAACUUUCAAAUGGCAAUCGAAUACCAUGAGCGUGACCUACAAAUUGCAAAGGAUGUGGGGAAUAAGGCAGGAGAAGGAGGUGCUUAUGGAAGUCUUGGCAAUGCUUAUGAUUGCUUAGGCGAUUUUCAUAGGGCAAUCGAGUACCAUGAGCGUGACCUACAAAUUGCAAAAGAGGUGGGAGAUAAAGCUGAAGAGGGAAAGGCUUAUGGACAUCUUGGCAAUGCCUAUCAGAGCUUAGGCGACUUUCAUAAGGCAAUCGAGUACCAUGAGCGUGACCUACAAAUUACAAAAGAUGUGGGGGAUAAUGCUGGAGAAGGAGUGGCUUAUGGAAAUCUUGGCAAUGCUUACCAGAGCUUAGGCGAUUUUAAUAAGGCAAUCGAGUACUAUGAGCGCGAUCUACACAUUUCAAAAGAAGUGAGGGAUAAAGCUGGAGAAGGACGGGCUUAUGGAAAUCUUGGCAAUGCCCACCAGAGCUUAGGCGAUUUUCAUAAGGCAAUUGAGUACCAUGAGCUACGUCUACAACUUGCAAAAGAAGUGGGGGAUAGAGCUGGAGAAGGAAGUGCUUAUGGAAAUCUUGGCGUUACAUAUGCUACGCUUGAAGACUUAAAUAAAGCAACUCUAUACUUUGAGCGUGAUCUACAUAUAGCAGAAGAAGUGGGAGACAAAGUUGGGAUUGCAUUAUCCCUUUAUAAUCUUGGUAACGUCUUCGAAAAUCGAGGAUCGUUUUCCAGUGCUCUUGAUUGCUUUAAUUCCAGUUUGUCAAAGUUGAAUGAAAUAAGGGCUCAUCUCCAGUUUAAAGACGAUUGGAAAAUCAGCUACCGUGAUACGUAUAAUAAUGUAUACACUAGUUUGUGGCUUCUCCAUUUAAGCCAAGGUCAAGUUGAUGAGGCCUUGCGUGUUGUUGAAGAUGGACGGGCGCAGGCUCUAAAAGAUCUCAUGGAAGAAAAUUAUGGGUGUCGAGAGGUAUACUCUCAUUUCUCAGUAAAGUCAACUGGUUCCUCUCUUAAAUCCAUUCCUUUGACAACAGUUUUCAUAGCUCUCAAUAGACAAGAAAUCAUCUUUUGGGUCAUAAGGAAAGAUGAAGAAAUCACCUUGAGGAGAAGAGAGGUAGGAGACUAUGUUUCAGAAGGAGACGUGAGAACUUUCCUUUCGACUUUAAACCGUACUGCCUUGCAUGAGAUUGGUGUAAGUGCUGGCGUCAAAAUCGAAAAUCGCUCGCUUGAUGAAUCGCGUGUGGCGGGGUGUACGACUGAAAGAGCCCCUGUCAGUGUUUCUCGGCCUGUUUCAGCAAAGGAGAGCUUAAAGACCUUUUUUGACCUUAUCAUUGCUCCUGUUGCUGACCUGGUUCAUGGAAAAAACCUCAUUCUUGUUCCGGAAGGUCCAUUGUGUUUGGUACCCUAUGCAGCAUUGAUGAACCCAAAGCAGGAGCAUCUUUGUGAGUCUCUAAGGAUCAGAGUGCUUCCAUCCUUGAAUAUUUUGAAAUUAAUUACUGAGUGUCCAGCUGACUUCCACAAGAAGACAGGCGUACUUCUCGUGGGAGAUCCAAACAUAAAGGGAGUUGUCUAUAAAGAAAGAAAGUUUUGUCAGCUGCCGUACGCAAAGAAAGAAGUAGAGAUGAUUGGGAGAAUCCUAGGAACGGUUCCUCUCGUUGGAGAAAAGGCAACUAAAGGAGAAGUCUUAAAGCGACUAUCCACGGUUGCUUUGGUGCACAUCGCCGCCCAUGGCGGAAUGGAAACAGGAGAAAUUAUUUUGGCCCCAAACCCAGCUGGGAAAUCCCUUCAUCGUGAGGAGAAAGACUUUUUGUUGACGAUGACAGAUGUGUUAGAAGCUAAACUGCGGGCAAGGUUGGUUGUGUUGAGUUGUUGUCAUAGUGCUCAUGGGCAAAUAAAGGCUGAGGGGGUAGUUGGCAUUGCUCGAGCAUUCUUAGGUGCUGGGGCUCGUUCCGUUUUGGUGUCCCUCUGGGGGAUUGAUGACGAGGCUACUUUCCAGUUUAUGAAACAUUUCUAUAAAGAACUAGUUAAAGGAAGGAGGGUCAGUGAAGCUCUUAACCAAGCCAUGAAAUGUAUGAGAGAGUCUGGAGAGUUCAGGGAAGUAAAGUACUGGGCACCAUUUGUUCUCAUUGGGGACGAUGUCACUCUGGAGUUAAAUGGAACUAAUUCAGUUUAGUUGGCGCUCAAUGUAAAUAUAACUUGUUUUGAUAUUUUCCUUUAAUGUUCUUAAAAAUCUUAAAGUGCCUCUUGACGUCAAGUUUUGCACACUCCAUUCAUUUGCAUUUUCGGCCGCAAUAUGGCUCUCUCACGAACCCUGCCAAAUUUCAAUCUAUUUCGAGCAACAGAAAUCAUAUGUGCGAGAUUUCGCGGCCGCCAUUAUUUGACUUUCCUCCAGAACUAAAUCCGCGAUUUCAAAGGAGUUGGCGUUGGCGAACGCAGAAAACUCACCUGACUAUCUCUAAUACGGUUAUAACUGGGAUUUGUACUGUAUUCUUUACAUCAUGCUUCCGUCAAGAAGAUAACACAACGUAGUCUGUUAGAAGCUUUAGACACAUUGUGGAUGGCAAUUGUUGACUUUCUUAGCUACUGUUUAUGCUCCACGAAAAGUACUUGAGCCAACCGAAAAAAAUUAAUUAAACAAGAAAGAAGUAAAGAGGACAGUCAGAGUUUUUAAACAAACUGUAUCAUGAUUUCCUUUAUUUGUCAAAAUACAUGAAGUUUUUAAUGGUGAUGUUCUUUUUCUAUGCAGAGAUGGUUGCCGCUUGAAGAAGAUGAAUGCAAUCUAGAAUCGUAAUUGGCCGUAAUUGGAAUGGGUCUUGUUAUGACAAACCCUUUCAAUGGGAUAGACGGUACUGUCUUAUAUUUCAAACAGCAUGAAAUGAAUCAAAAUUGGGAGUUUGGAAACAAUCUGGCUCUCUUUGCGUAGCGAAAAAUAAAUGUUAGUCGGCGGAAACUUUUUUAUAUCCGCCCACCGUAUCCCAAAUCGUAAUAAACCAUAGUCACUGGUUUGACUUUAUAUGUUGUAACUUAUCGAAUUUGUAAAUCGACUUGAUAGCGCCCAUAUACACGAUUUAAAUGAACAAAUAUAUUGGUAUUAAAUUGAAGAACAAGUAAGACACGAGUUUUGAGUUUCAAAAAUAUGGACACUACACAGGCGGCGGAGUAGGGGGGAAGGGGGCCCCCUCACCAAGUAAUCUGUUUUUAGAGCCCUUUAGUUGCGGUAAUAGACUUGAUGGAAUUUCAUUUACCAAUUUGGGUGAAGAGCCUAACUCUUUUUAAUUAUACUCAAGUCUCUGUAAGAAGCAUGCGUAGUUUUGAGAUGUCACAUUUUCAGUAAGGAGACCUGUGAAACCACUGUAGGUCUUGAGUGUGGUUAGUUUCGGUGUCCUGUUCGAUACAGAAAGAGAACCGUCCUAGAUCGGGGCAGGGAAAUAUUAGUUAACAUUUUUCAGUCAGAAAUAAUAGGUAACUUUGAAAGAUUCUCCUUCCGCGCAGAUGUUGCAGCUCAGCGGGUUCAAAAGCAAGAAUGAGGAGCCAAACUUUGCAUAGUGUUAAAGAAUAAGAUCACGGGCUCUGUUGAACUAAUUUGAGUUAGCUUAUUAUAAUUUAAUUGGAUUGAUAUUUUGUUUUUGAAGUUGUUUAAGUUUACUUAAAAUAUUCUCGUACACCGUUUUCAUAGGCAGGUGCUGUAUAAGGUGACUGUUGAU